AUGAAGCCCAGAGCAGAGUGCUGUUCACCCAAGUUUUGGCUGGUGUUGGCUGUCCUGGCCGUGUCAGGCAGCAGAGCGCGUUCUCAGAAGAGCCCCCCCAGCAUUGGCAUCGCUGUCAUCCUCGUGGGCACUUCAGACGAGGUGGCCAUCAAGGAUGCCCACGAGAAAGAUGACUUCCAUCAUCUCUCUGUGGUGCCCCGUGUGGAGCUAGUAGCCAUGAAUGAGACCGAUCCAAAGAGCAUCAUCACCCGUAUCUGUGACCUCAUGUCGGACCGAAAGAUCCAGGGGGUGGUGUUUGCUGACGACACUGACCAGGAAGCCAUCGCCCAGAUCCUUGACUUCAUUUCAGCCCAGACUCUCACCCCCAUCCUGGGCAUCCACGGGGGAUCCUCUAUGAUCAUGGCAGACAAGGAUGAAUCCUCCAUGUUCUUCCAGUUUGGCCCAUCUAUUGAACAGCAAGCUUCCGUGAUGCUCAACAUCAUGGAGGAGUAUGACUGGUACAUCUUUUCUAUUGUCACCACCUACUUCCCUGGCUACCAGGACUUUGUGAACAAGAUUCGCAGCACCAUUGAGAACAGCUUCGUGGGCUGGGAGCUAGAGGAAGUCCUCUUGCUGGACAUGUCCCUGGAUGAUGGAGAUUCGAAGAUUCAGAACCAGCUCAAGAAACUUCAAAGCCCCAUCAUUCUUCUUUAUUGUACUAAGGAAGAGGCCACCUACAUCUUUGAAGUGGCUAACUCAGUAGGGCUGACUGGCUGUGGCUACACGUGGAUUGUGCCUAGUCUGGUGGCAGGGGAUACAGACACAGUGCCCUCGGAGUUCCCCACCGGGCUCAUCUCUGUGUCCUAUGAUGAAUGGGACUAUGGCCUCCCUGCCAGAGUGAGGGAUGGAAUUGCCAUAAUCACCACCGCUGCUUCUGACAUGCUGUCUGAGCACAGCUUCAUCCCGGAGCCCAAGAGCAGUUGUUACAACACCCAUGAGAAGAGGAUCUACCAGUCCAAUAUGCUGAAUAGAUAUCUGAUCAAUGUCACUUUUGAGGGGAGAAAUCUGUCCUUCAGUGAAGAUGGCUACCAGAUGCACCCGAAACUGGUGAUAAUCCUUCUGAACAAGGAGAGGAAGUGGGAGAGGGUGGGGAAGUGGAAAGACAAGUCCCUGCAGAUGAAGUACUAUUUGUGGCCCCGAAUGUGUCCUGAGACGGAAGAGCAGGAGGAUGACCAUCUGAGCAUCGUAACGCUGGAGGAGGCUCCGUUUGUUAUUGUGGAGAGUGUGGACCCUCUGAGUGGAACCUGCAUGAGGAACACAGUCCCCUGCCAAAAACGCAUCGUCUCCGAGAAUAAAACAGAUGAGGAGCCAGGUUACAUCAAAAAAUGCUGCAAGGGCUUCUGUAUUGACAUCCUUAAGAAAAUUUCCAAAUCUGUGAAGUUCACCUAUGACCUUUACCUGGUCACCAAUGGCAAGCAUGGGAAGAAAAUCAAUGGAACCUGGAAUGGUAUGAUUGGAGAGGUGGUCAUGAAGAGGGCCUACAUGGCGGUGGGGUCACUCACCAUCAACGAGGAGCGAUCCGAGGUGGUCGACUUCUCUGUGCCCUUCAUAGAGACCGGCAUCAGUGUCAUGGUGUCACGCAGCAAUGGGACUGUCUCACCGUCUGCCUUCUUAGAGCCCUUCAGCGCUGACGUCUGGGUGAUGAUGUUUGUGAUGCUGCUCAUUGUCUCAGCUGUGGCUGUCUUUGUCUUUGAGUACUUCAGCCCUGUGGGUUAUAACAGGUGCCUCGCUGAUGGUAGAGAGCCAGGGGGCCCAUCUUUUACCAUCGGCAAAGCUAUUUGGUUACUGUGGGGCCUGGUGUUUAACAACUCCGUCCCGGUGCAGAACCCAAAGGGGACCACCUCCAAGAUCAUGGUGUCAGUAUGGGCCUUCUUCGCUGUCAUCUUCCUGGCCAGCUACACUGCCAACUUAGCUGCCUUCAUGAUCCAAGAGGAGUAUGUGGACCAGGUUUCUGGCCUGAGUGACAAAAAGUUCCAGAGACCUAAUGACUUCUCACCCCCUUUUCGCUUCGGGACGGUGCCCAAUGGCAGCACAGAGAGGAAUAUUCGCAAUAACUACGCAGAAAUGCAUGCCUACAUGGGAAAGUUCAACCAGAGGGAUGUGGAUGAUGCGUUGCUCUCCCUGAAAACAGGGAAACUGGAUGCCUUCAUCUAUGAUGCAGCAGUGCUCAACUACAUGGCAGGCAGAGACGAAGGCUGCAAGCUGGUGACCAUUGGCAGUGGGAAGGUCUUUGCUUCCACUGGGUAUGGCAUUGCCAUCCAAAAAGAUUCUGGGUGGAAACGCCAGGUGGACCUUGCUAUCCUGCAACUCUUUGGAGAUGGGGAGAUGGAGGAGCUGGAAGCUCUCUGGCUCACUGGCAUUUGCCACAAUGAGAAGAACGAGGUCAUGAGCAGCCAGUUGGACAUUGAUAACAUGGCAGGAGUCUUCUACAUGUUGGGAGCAGCCAUGGCUCUCAGCCUUAUCACCUUCAUCUGUGAACACCUUUUCUAUUGGCAGUUCCGGCACUGCUUUAUGGGUGUCUGUUCCGGCAAGCCUGGCAUGGUCUUCUCCAUCAGUAGAGGUAUCUACAGCUGCAUCCAUGGAGUGGCUAUCGAGGAGCGUCAAUCCGUGAUGAAUUCCCCGACCGCGACCAUGAAUAACACCCACUCCAACAUCCUGCGCCUGCUUCGCACGGCCAAGAACAUGGCCAACCUGUCCGGGGUGAACGGCUCACCGCAGAGCGCCCUGGACUUCAUCCGCCGCGAGUCCUCCGUCUACGACAUCUCGGAGCACCGCCGCAGCUUCACGCAUUCCGACUGCAAGUCCUACAACAACCCGCCCUGCGAGGAGAACCUCUUCAGCGACUACAUCAGCGAGGUGGAGAGGACUUUCGGCAACCUGCAGCUGAAGGACAGCAACGUGUACCAAGACCACUAUCACCACCACCACCGGCCCCACAGCAUCGGCAGCACCAGCUCCAUCGACGGGCUCUACGACUGUGACAACCCGCCCUUCACCGCCCAGCCGCGCUCCAUCAGCAAGAAGCCCCUGGACAUCGGCCUCCCCUCCUCCAAGCACAGCCAGCUCAGUGACCUGUACGGCAAGUUCUCCUUCAAGGGUGACCGCUACGGUGGCCACGACGACCUGAUCCGCUCCGACGUGUCUGACAUCUCCACCCACACCGUCACCUAUGGCAACAUCGAGGGCAACGCGGCCAAGAGGCGCAAGCAGCAGUACAAGGACAGCCUGAAGAAGCGGCCGGCCUCGGCCAAGUCCCGCCGGGAGUUCGACGAGAUCGAGCUGGCCUACCGCCGCCGGCCGCCCCGCUCCCCGGACCACAAGCGCUACUUCAGGGACAAGGAAGGGCUACGGGACUUCUACCUGGACCAGUUCCGCACCAAGGAGAACUCGCCCCACUGGGAGCACGUGGACCUGACCGACAUCUACAAGGAGCGGAGCGACUCGGUCAGCGGAGGCGGGCCCUGUACCAACAGGUCUCACCUCAAACACGGGGCCGGGGACAAACACGGCGUGGUCGGCGGGGUCCCGGCGCCUUGGGAGAAGAACCUGACCAACGUGGAGUGGGAGGACCGCUCCGGGGGCAACUUCUGCCGCAGCUGCCCCUCGAAGCUGCACAACUACUCCUCGUCGGUGGGAGGGCAGAACUCGGGGCGGCAGGCGUGCAUCCGCUGCGAGGCUUGCAAGAAAGCGGGCAACCUGUAUGACAUCAGCGAGGACAACUCCCUGCAGGAGCUGGACCAGCCGGCGGCCCCGGUGGCCGUGACGUCCAACGCCUCCACCACCAAGUACCCCCAGAGCCCCACCAACUCCAAGGCCCAGAAGAAGAACCGGAACAAGCUCCGCCGGCAGCACUCCUACGACACCUUCGUGGAUCUGCAGAAGGAAGAAGCCGCCUUGGCCCCGCGCAGUGUGAGCCUGAAAGACAAGGGCCGGUUCGUGGAUGGGAGUCCCUACGCCCACAUGUUUGAGAUGCCAGCUGGCGAGAGCACCUUUGCCAACAACAAGUCCUCAGUGCCCACUGCCGGACACCACCACAACAACCCCGGCGGCGGCUACAUGCUCAGCAAGUCGCUCUACCCUGACCGGGUCACGCAAAACCCUUUCAUCCCCACUUUUGGGGACGACCAGUGCUUGCUCCAUGGCAGCAAAUCCUACUUCUUCAGGCAGCCCUCGGUGCCAGGGGCGCCAAAAGCCAGGCCGGACUUCCGCGCCCUUGUCACCACCAAGCCAGUGGUCUCGGCCCUUCAUGGGGCUGUGCCAGGCCGUUUCCAGAAAGACAUCUGUAUAGGGAACCAGUCCAACCCCUGUGUGCCUAACAACAAAAACCCCAGGGCUUUCAAUGGCUCCAGCAAUGGUCAUGUUUAUGAGAAACUUUCUAGUAUUGAGUCUGAUGUCUGA